AGUCAUCUCAACUUCCUUCAAACGCGUCCUACAUCUUUGGGAGAGACGCGUAUCCUGAAAUUCUAGAUCUACAAAUUCAGGGAAAAUCAAUCUAUGCACCGAGUUCGAGUCAAAUCUCGUCGUCUUCCACGCACAGGCAACACGACAUGCUCUAGCUCAAAGCACCUGCACUCCUCUGCGAGAAGAAACGAGGAAGCCAUUAUUAUGAACCGCUAUAGCAGGAUUAUAACUCAGCCAAAAGAUCAAGGUGCUAGUCAGGCAAUGCUUUACGCGACCGACGGCAUAUCCAAGGAUUCCGACUUCAACAAAGCAAUGGUUGGCGUUGGGAGUGUUUGGUAUGAAGGCAAUCCUUGUAACAGACAUCUUCUAGGAUUGGGAAGACAUAUCAAAGAAUCUAUUGCGUCCACUCCCCCUUCUGGUGCAAAAGAUUCCACAGGCAUGAUUGCAUACCAAUUCGGCACGGUCGGUGUUAGUGACGGGAUCAGUAUGGGGACAUGGGGAAUGAGCUACUCUUUACAGAGCAGAGACUUGAUUGCAGACCAAGUUGAGACAGCUGCGGGAGGUCAUCAUCUGGACGGUAUGGUCGUCGUACCAGGCUGCGAUAAGAAUAUGCCGGGCGUUCUUAUGGCGCUCGGUAGACUCAACCGCCCCUCGGUUAUGGUUUAUGGAGGAACCAUCCGACCAGGGUCGUGUUCUGGCCCAUCGCCUCUUCCCGCUACUGAUUCACCGCAAGAGCUGGACAAAGACCGGAAGACGAUCGAUAUCGUGAGCGCGUUUCAAAGCUAUGGAAAGUAUCUCCAGGACGGGAAAACGCCAGAAGCUGAGAAGGAGAGAUAUGAGACCGUCAGGUAUGCGUGUCCUGGACCAGGAGCUUGUGGAGGAAUGUACACCGCGAAUACCAUGGCGUCCAACGCCGAGGCGUUAGGAAUGUCUCUUCCUGGGUCAUCCUCCUUCCCUGCCGAGUCUCCGGAAAAAAUUCAAGAGUGCAAAGACGUGGGACCGGUGAUGAGAACGUUGUUGGAGAAGAAUAUAUUGCCGAGAGAUAUCAUGACCAGAGAGGCCUUUGAGAAUGCCAUGGUUCUAACAAUGAUUCUCGGCGGAUCGACCAAUGCCGUCCUACAUCUGAUAGCCAUUGCUCAUUCAGUCGGGAUUGAGCUCAGUAUCGAUGAUAUCCAACGAGUUAGUGAUAGAACACCUUUCAUCGCUGAUAUCAAACCCAGUGGCAAGUAUGUAAUGGAGGAUGUGUAUAGGAUCGGCGGUAUACCCAAAAUCCUCCACUUCCUUCUCAAAUCUAACCUCAUCGAUGGAAACACUCUUACUGUUACGGGACGUACGCUCGGAGAGAAUGUAGAUCGCUGGGUGCACAAGUAUGGAGAGCUGGACUUCGACAAGCAAGAUGUGAUUAGGCCGUUGGAUCAACCGAUCAAGGAAACUGGACAUAUCCGAAUCCUUAAAGGCAAUCUUGCCCCCGGUGGUGCUGUUGCGAAAAUCACUGGAAAGGAAGGCCUCGGGUUCACCGGGAAAGCUAGGGUAUUUGAUAACGAAGAAGAUUUUGUAAAAGCCGUUGAGAAUGGGAGCAUCAAGAAGGGGGAGAAGACUGUUGUUAUUUUGAGGUAUUUAGGCCCGAAGGGCGGACCUGGCAUGCCUGAAAUGCUCAAACCAACUAGUUUGAUCAUGGGUGCUGGUCUAGGCUUCGAUGUGGCUUGUCUCACGGAUGGCAGAUUUAGUGGAGGCUCCCACGGAUUCUGCAUAGGCCACGUCGUUCCAGAAGCUCAAGUUGGUGGACCCAUCGCUUUGGUUAAAGAUGGCGAUAUUAUUUCCGUCGAUGCUGUGAAGAAUACCAUUGAAUUACAUGUAUCCGACUCGGAGAUGGCCAAAAGGAAAAAAGGUUGGAUCGCUCCACCGCUCAAGGUCUCACAGGGCACAUUAUACAAAUACGUGAAGAACGUAGAGAAUGCGAGUAGGGGAUGUAUUACCGAUGCCUAAGAAUCUGGGUCGACACCCUUUCUUCCAUCUUGCCUAUGUCUAUACAUAUCUAAAAGUAUUAUACAAUAGACCAAUUGCAUGCAUCACAUAGUACCAUGGCCGAUCCUUUGCGUUGAGCUUGGAUCGAGUCUUGGAUCUCGGUCCCAGGAACAGCGUAAAUCACCCUUUCGUCUUCUUCGUCAGCCUUUUCUUCUCCGCUUUCGGCAUCUUAUUUUUACGUUUCUCCUUUGCCUCAGCUUUGACGGCUUUUUUCCGUUCCUAUCAUAACGCGACAAGGGUGUGAUCAGGUGUGCGGUCCUGAAAUCCCUCCCCGGACCUGUGACCAGCGUCCGGAUCUUCAUCCCCUGAAGGGUCAGGGGAUUCCUCCUGGUCUACUUCUUCAGAGUCUUCAAUUUCUUCCCCGUCGACAUCCGUGCUUUUCUUUGAAGUCGACGCCUUUGUCAAGGAUCCCGAGUCAUCCUCGUCCCGCUCGAUCGAAUCGUCAAACCGUACUCCGAGACCGGACUUGGCGUUAGUCACAAAGGGACGCUUCUUUUCACCCGAAGGCGGUGGUGGCGUUUGAUCGACCAAACCAAUAGUAUCAGCAUAAAUCAGUUUCUUUCUCUCUCCACGAUUAAGCAGGUCGACGUCACGUUCGGGAUCAUAUACUUCGUUUAAUGAACGAGGAAUGUAUGAUUGCAAAAAGACCGCAUCUUCAUGUGCAAUAGCUUUGCUUUUGUCGUCCACACCGACGUUGGCGUCGUCAUUCUUCUGCUCGCUAUUGCCCUCUUGACCCAUUUCCUGGUCUUGAAGCCAUCGUUUAAGAUUAGCUUCAUCGUCCGAAUCUUCUCCUCCUCCUGUUGCGGCUAGCCUUUCACUGGUGACAAACUCGAACGAUUUCCUCAGUCCCAACAAGGCCCGUGCCCCUUUCUUGCUGAAGAAAUCUUCCACGUUUUUGAGGUCACUUCGGAGGAAAUCAUAAGCAGAGGGAUGAUCAUGUUCCACACUUUGAGAAACAUCGAUAAUCCAAAGAUGGUUUUCGUGGAAGAGAACAUUGUAUUCGGAUAGAUCGGCGUGGACAAGUUUGCAUUGAUGAUACAUCUUGCGAACAACAAGGAGGAGUUCGAUGUACAGAUCACUGGCUUGGGCUGGAGAGAGUUCUGCAUCCUUCAGUCGUGGAGAUGCCCUUCGUAGAAAGAGAUAUAACGGUUAACUUUGCCCAUCACCAACACGUUCUCCCUGACUUCAAGUGGCUCGGGGCAUCGAAUGUUGGCAGUUAUCAACCUUUUCAAGUUUCGCAUCUCUUUCUCUGCCCAGAGUCUGACCAUCUUCCGAGGAUUUUUGCGAGAAUAACCCCGGCGAAAACGGUAUUCACCUGUCACGUAUUUGUCUCGAUCUUUGAAUACAAGGAUAGAUGUUUUAUAUAUUUUGAUAGCUAUAUGGCGCAUGUCAGGAC